ACAGCCAGUACUCACCCACUCCACGCCCUGAAGGUGAUCCAGAACAGCACCUUCAGUCAGAGACUGAUUGCACCAAUGUGCAAAACGGAGAGAUAUCGGAGGUCUUGUACACCAGCUGCUAUGUUGAUACUAUCAAUGCUGUGGACCAGAGACAACCGAAGCUCAGACUGGAGGAACGUUGCAGUUAGAUACCGAGAGAAGGACUUCCCCAGGAGAAGAGCCUUCCUUCAAACAGACGAAAACAUUGAAGGAAACUGUGUUCUGACUGUGGACACAGAGGACUGGAACUCAUACAGAAACAGAUGUAUCUGACCAGAUUUUUUAUCUCUCUCUCUCUCUCUCUCUCUCUCUCUCUCGAUGGUAGAGGCCCCUCCCAUAGAGCCAAGGGGGAAGUGAGGUUUGUUGAUCGAGGAGAAGGAAGUAGACCCAAACAACAAGUGUUGCGGCCAGCAGAAGCAGCCAUGAGGUCCUUCCUCCUCCUGCUCUGGGGGCUCUGGGGGCUCGUGGGGGCGUCAGACUUCAGGAUCUGUGCCUUCAACGUCCAAGUUUUCGGCGAGAGCAAAUCCAAAAACGUCGAGGUCAUGAAGACCCUCGUCAAGAUCAUUGCCCGCUGUGAUGUGUGCGUGCUUCAGGAAGUGAGGGACAGCAAAAACAAAGCUGUGCCGAAGCUUAUGGCCGAACUCAACAGUUACUACCGGGACUCCCGCUACGAUUCGGUGUCCAGCGAGAGUCUGGGCCGGUCGGCCUAUCAGGAGCAGUAUGUGUUCGUGUACAGGACUGCGACGGCUGAGGUGGUGGGCCAGUACCAGUACCCGGACAACCUUCCUGGGAGCCCGGACGCCUUCGCCAGGGAGCCCUUCGUCGUGAGGUUCAGUGCGCCCUCAACAGCCAUAAAGAGUUUCGUCCUGAUCCCGGUCCACACCAGCCCGGAGAACGCCACCAUAGAGAUCGACGCUCUCUACGACGUCUUCACCGCCGUCCGGAGGAAGUGGAGCAAUGAGAACGUGAUGCUCCUGGGGGACUUCAACGCAGACUGCAGCUAUCUGCCCAAGAAGAACCGGAAGAACGUCCGCCUGCUGACUGACCGCCGCUUCCUGUGGCUGAUCGGAGACGACAGGGACACCACCGUCAGGGAGUCAACGGACUGCGCCUACGACAGGAUCGUCGUCGAGGGCAACACCUUCCCUGGCCUCAUCGUGCCGGGCUCGGCGGAGCCCUUCCUCUUCCCCGCCGAGUACGGCCUCACGGAGGAGCAGGCCCUCAGCGUCAGCGACCACUACCCGGUCCAGGUCUCUCUGAGGUCUGGACCCGAUCAGAAGCAGCGCCCUCUGAAGUCCGGACCCCCUCCCGGCCAGGUCCUCAGCCCCCCCCUGAUGCUGGCCGUCUGCUGGCUGGCCUUCAGCUAAACCCACCGUGUGUGUGUGUGUCUGUGUCUGUGUGUGCGCGUGUGUGUGUGUGUGUGUGUGUGUGUGCGUCUGUGUGUGUCUGUGUGUGUGUGUGUGUGUGUGUAAUGGACAAUAAAGUAUAAGCUACCGACUGAAAUGCCUCUCAGGUCAAAUGACGCACACGUGUUUAAUCUGCCAAAUCAUCUGCUAUUGUUGUUUAUCCUGUAAAUACAGUUUAUAUUUGAUAAUAAAACUGUUUUUUCUAA